GGCUGCGGGGGGCUUCGGGGUGGAAGGAGGGGGGAUCUCUUUCCCCGCUUGGAGAUGGUGGUGCUAUUCCUCCCCUUGGCCUUCAUCUGGAUGGUGGCGGGGGCCCUGGCGCAGCUUCACUACACCGUGCAGGAGGAGCAGGAGCAUGGCGCCUUCGUGGGGAAUAUCGCCGAAGACCUGGGCUUGGACAUCACCAAACUUUCCGCGCGGCGCUUCCAGACGGUGCCCAACUCGCGCAGCCCUUACCUGGACCUCAACCUGGAGACCGGGGUGCUGUACGUGAGCGAGAAGAUCGACCGCGAGCAGAUCUGCCGGCAGAGCCCCUCCUGCCAGCUCCACCUGGAGGUCUUCCUGGAGAACCCGCUGGAGCUCUUCCGCGUGGAGGUGGAGGUGCUGGACCUCAACGACAACCCGCCGGCCUUCCCGGAGCCCGACCUGACGGUGGAGAUCUCCGAGAGCGCCACGCCGGGCACGCGCUUCCCGCUGGAGAGCGCCUUCGACCCGGACGUGGGCACCAACGCGCUCCGCACCUACGAGAUCACCCCCAACGCCUUCUUCUCGCUCGACGUGCAGACGCAGCCCGACGGCAACCGCUUCGCCGAGCUGGUGCUCUCCAAGCCGCUGGACCGCGAGCAGCAGGCCCUGCACCGCUACGUGCUGACGGCGGUGGACGGCGGGCAGCCCUCGCAGCGCACCGGCACCGCGCUGCUCACCGUCCGCGUCCUCGACUCCAACGACAACGUGCCGGCCUUCGAGCAGCCCGUCUACACGGUGGCGCUGCCGGAGAACUCCCCGCCGGGCACGCUGGUCCUGCAGCUCAACGCCAGCGACCCGGACGAGGGCCAGAACGGCGAGAUCAUCUACUCCUUCAGCAGCCACAUCUCGGCCCGCGCCCGCGAGCUCUUCGGCAUCUCCCCGCGGACGGGCCGGCUGGAGGUCAACGGCGAGCUGGACUACGAGGAGAGCGCCGUCUACCAGGUGUACGUGCAGGCCAAGGACCUGGGCCCCAACGCCGUGCCGGCCCACUGCAAGGUGUUGGUCCGCGUCCUGGACGCCAACGACAACGCGCCCGAGAUCAGCUUCUCCACCGUCAAGGAGGCGGUCAGCGAGGCGGCGGCGCCGGGCACGGUGGUGGCGCUCUUCAGCGUCUCGGACCGCGACUCGGAGGAGAACGGGCAGGUGCAGUGCGAGCUCCUCCAAGGGGACGCCCCGUUCCGCCUCAAGAGCUCCUUCAAGAACUACUACACCAUCGUCACGGAGGCGCCCCUGGACCGCGAGCAGCCCGGCGGAGAGGCCUACACGCUGACGGUGGUGGCGCGCGACAUGGGCCGCCCCUCGCUCAGCGCCUCCAAGUCCAUCCAGGUGCGCGUCAGCGACGUCAACGACAACGCGCCCCGCUUCUCGCAGCCCCUCUACCAGGUCUACGUGAGCGAGAACAACGUGCCCGGCGCCUACAUCUACGCCGUCAGCGCCGCCGACCGCGACCAGGGCGCCAACGCGCAGCUGGCCUACGCCAUCCUCGAGAGCCAGAUCCAGGGCAUGUCGGUCUUCACCUACGUCUCCAUCAACGCCGAGAACGGCUUCCUCUACGCGCUCCGCUCCUUCGACUACGAGCAGCUCAAGGAGUUCAGCUUCCAGGUGGAGGCCCGCGACGCCCCGCGGCGGCGAGGACGGCAGCCCGAGGGCGAGGACGGAGGCCCGCCGGGGGCGGAGGAUGAGCAGCAGCAGCAGGAGGAGGAGGAGGCCGCGCUCUCCGGCAACGCCACCGUCCACAUCGUGGUGGUGGACCAGAACGACAACGCCCCCGCCAUCGUCAGCCCGCUGCCCGGGCGCAACGGCACCCCGGCCAGGGAGGUCCUGCCCCGCGGCGCCGAGCCGGGCUACCUGGUGACCCGCGUGGCCGCCGUGGACGCGGACGACGGCGAGAACGCGCGCCUGACCUACAGCAUCGCGCGCGGCAACGAGGCCAGCCUCUUCCGCAUGGACUGGCGCACCGGGGAGCUGCGCACGGCCCGCAAAGUGCCCGCCAAGCGCGACCCGCAGCGCCCCUACGAGCUGGUCAUCGAGGUCCGCGACCACGGCCAGCCGCCGCUCUCCUCCACCGCGGCGCUCCACGUGGUCUUGGUGGACGGCGCGGUGGAGCGGCAAGGGGCCGGCGGGGCGGGCGGAGGCGGGGUGGCCGCGCCGGGACCCGGGGGCUCCGGGGCGGGAGGAGCCGGCCCCGGCGGAGAGCACCGGCCCAGCCGCGCCGGGGGCGCCUCGGCGGGCGAGAGCUCGCUGGACCUCACCCUCAUCCUCAUCAUCGCCCUGGGCUCCGUCUCCUUCAUCUUCCUCCUGGCCAUGAUCGUCCUGGCCGUGCGCUGCCAGAAGGAGAAGAAGCUCAACAUCUACACCUGCCUGGCCAGCGACUGCUGCCUCACCUGCUGCUGCUGCUGCCCGUGCUGUAGCCGCCAGGCCCGUGCCCGCAAGAAGAAGCUCAGCAAGUCCGAUAUCAUGCUGGUGCAGAGCUCCAACGUGCCCAGCAACCCGGUCCAAGGCGUCCCCGCCGAGGAGCCGGCCGGCUUCGGGUCCCACCACCACAACCAGAACUACUGCUACCAGGUCUGCCUCACGCCCGAGUCGGCCAAGACCGACCUGAUGUUCCUCAAGCCCUGCAGCCCCUCCCGGAGCACCGACGCCGAGCACAACCCCUGCGGAGCCAUCGUCACCGGCUACGCUGACCAGCAGCCCGACAUCAUCUCCAACGGAAGCAUCUUGUCCAGCGAGACUAAACACCAGCGUGCUGAGCUCAGUUAUCUAGUUGAUAGACCACGGCGAGUAAACAGUUCUGCAUUCCAGGAAGCAGACAUAGUAAGCUCUAAGGACAGUGGUCAUGGAGACAGCGAGCAAGGAGACAGCGAUCAUGACGCCACUAAUCGAGGUCAAUCCUCUGGCAUGGAUCUCUUCUCUAAUUGCACGGAGGAAUGUAAAGCUUUGGGCCACUCGGAUCGGUGCUGGAUGCCCUCUUUUGUCCCUUCUGAUGGACGCCAGGCUGCGGAUUACCGCAGCAAUCUUCAUGUACCCGGUAUGGACUCUGUUCCAGACACUGAAGUGUUUGAAACACCAGAAGCCCAGCCAGGGGCAGAGAGGUCCUUCUCCACCUUUGGCAAAGAGAAGGCCCUUCACGGCACUUUGGAGAGGAAGGAACUGGAUGGACUGCUGUCUAAUACACGAGCGCCUUACAAACCACCAUAUUUGAGCCUUGCCAUUUGUGGAUCUCAAAGUGGAUUAUAAAAGAAUAGUGAUUUUAAGACCUGCAGAUCCUCUGUGAGAUAGCACGGAAAAGGAUAUGCUAGUCAAUUCUACGGGACUUACCUGAAGCAGCAUGAUUUGCACAAAAGUCGACCAACAAAAGCAUCAACUUUUCAACUUCAUUAUCUUGGCCAUCUGAUUCUGUGUUAACUGAAGAAUUACUGUGCUGUUGGAGACAUCUUGGCCAAUAAUAGGACCUAACUGCUCUCAGCAGGCCUGAGAAAUGAGUUGAAAUGUAUGGAACUGUAGAAACUUCAAGGGGCAACUGAUUUUUUGCCUCUCUGAUCAGUGUGUGCCUGUUUACAGCACUAUAUAGCUCUCUAUUUCUCGUUCUCUCUCCAAAAUGUCACUGAGCCCUUUAGAUGUUUAUAUUCGCCACAGGAAGCCAAUCGUACAGAUUUUAAAAAAGGAAACAUGCAUUAUAAAUGCAAUAUCACUGUUUUAAACUUGACUGUUUUAUAUUAUUUUUGUGUGAUCAAGUGUCCCCCAGACUAUUCCAACUUUACAAAAGAAAUUGUGAAUCAUGUUCUUUUCACCUGUGGGUCAUGAAAAUGUUGUUAAUCUGCAGGCCCACAAAAUAUCAAAGACAUUCUGUAGUUUAUACACCGUGUUGCAAAGUGUUUACUGUACUAUUUCAAAGCUUCUAAAUAAAUAUAAAAUAUAUAUAUUAUAUUACAUAUAAUUUUCCGGGAAACGUGGUACCAUUUAGUUGAUUUUUAAAUGAAUUCAUACAGUGCGCACCAUACACUAAAGUGAGAAGGUAAUUCAGGGUCCUUAAAUUAUCCUUGCCUAAAAAUAAAAUAAAUCUUUAAUAAUACUUCCCCCGUUUUUGUACUUUGGUCAAUCCUGUUUGUCCUUGUUAAAAAAAAGAAAAGAAAAGAAAAAUAAGCUGUAAGCAACAACAUUUUUUUUCUGAAAGUUGUACUGAAUUUUCAAUGCCAAAGAUACAGCUGUCAAUAAUUAUGAAAAUGAGCACUGACUAUGUACUAUCAAAGUAUAUAUAUUUCAACCACCAUUAUUUUGAUUCUAUUUCUAUGGUUUUUAAUUUGGAGUCAAGAAAACUUUUUAUAAAGGCUCUAUAAACUCACAUGUAUAUGUUGUUAAAAAGUACACUUGGUGUCUGUGCAUUUUGCAAUGUAUAUGAUGUAAGUGAAGAUAACUAUUUUAAGGAAAUCUCCCCUACACACACAUACACACACACACACACACACACACACACACACACACCUGAUUUACAUCAUCUCGUUUUAUGCCAACAUAUAUUUCCAUGCUGGUUGAAAAUUAUUUCUGAAGAAAGACCAAUCAUAGCUGCAUCCUUUUAUUUGAAUUUAUCCCUUCAAAACAAAAGCAAUUUGAAAUUAAGAGUAGCCUAAAUACAGUUUCACUGGUAACCAGGUUAAUCCUGCAUGUGUUGUUUUAUAGUAAUUUUGUGUUUUGGAGUAUCUCAGAAAGAUAUUUUUAUUAGAAAAAAAAUAAAUUGACAAAAUCUGAAAAUGUUGCAAAGUAAAGGUCACCUUUACUUUCCGGGCCUCUGAUUAUAAAUACCAUUGAGGGAAAGUGAAAUGUAGAAUAAUUUCUUCUAUCUUUAUUUACUUCCAUACACUGCUGUGUAAAGUCAUGUCUGAUAACAUUUACUUCAGUUGAAGAUAAUUAGUGGGCACACUUCCCUUUUUUAUCAGUUGAAAAGAAUUGAUUUUAUUUUGGAUAAUUUGGAGUUGAACCCAAGGAGCAUCAAAGUGCAUUCUUACACUGAAUAUUGUUCACAGGGUAACGUAUGACUCAGUGUUAUUGAGAAUGGGGAAAAUGUUCCUUAAGCUUUUUAAAAAGUGAAAAUACUGUUGAUCUAGAACUCCAUGUCUAUGGGAAAGAAUACAUUAAAAUCCCAAGUGUGCAGGAUUCCCUAGUAACCGCAAUAGACUGGAGAGUCCUUUUAUGCAUAUUUUUGGACUUUCAUAUGAAUGCAUAUGGAGUUAAAAUUGAUGUCAGGAAUCCACCACAAAUCUUUGUUUUCCCUGGAAAAGAGCUAUCCAAGGUGCUGAAUCCUAUCUCUUAAACAGGUUCAACAUUGUGAAUAGCUCUGUUAAGUUUGUUUGAACUAAACUGGCAAAAUCAUAGCUCUCCUAAUUACAUUCAGCACUGUGAAUCGAUUUGUUAAAGUUUGCUUGAGCUAAAACUGGCAGAUUCACAGCUCUGUUGCUUUCAUAGCCUCCAACUUCCAGUGUAUGUAUCACAGCCCUAAUACCUAGUAUAUGUUCCAGAUCAGACUAACCUCCAAAAUAAAAAGUAGAGUUUAUUCUUUCAAUACUUUUCUCUUAAAUACCGAUUGACUGGGAAUUGUGUGUAUACAUUUCAUCAAGAGUUAAGGUGUGUGCGUGUCUGCGUGAUGUUCCUUACCAAGUUUUAAUCAGAAAAAGAAAAUAAUUUGCCAUUGAUUAUUUCUAAAUUAUUUUUAAAUCACAGGUAUUUCUUGGGAUCCUUUUAAUAAUGUGUGUGAUAUAUAUGAAUCAUAAGAAAAAGCACAGAAAAAUAUUCAUCAGUUGGAGCAAACACAGCGGUAAAGUCUUCUUUAGCUUUAGGUAACAGGAGUAUUAGUCACCUCUAUGCCUUGUUAGUUUCACAGGAGGAGGGGGGUGGGGAAAUGGGCUAUUUUAGUAAUGAAAUGUGUAGAUGAUAUAUCAUUGGGUAAAGUCUGUCAAGUUGUUGCUGCUUUUAAAAGAGGAAACUGAAUGCUCAUUUGGGAAAUUGUUUUGCUUUAUUUUUACAGCCUCUAUAUACAGAGGUGUAUAUUGUGAAUUAGUAUUGUUUCUUGUCCUGUUGAGAAGGGGUGGAAAUCACAUUUUGGUUUUUUUUUAAUAGACUAUUAAAAUGUCUUUAUUUACUGAAAAUCUCCCUCACAUUUUGCAUGCACUUUUUGGAGAAAAUAUUUAUAAUAAGUAAGGUUUUAUCCUGUCUGUAGUGCAUUCAUUUCAUUCCUUUUUCUGUACAAUGGACUAGGAGAAAUACGCCUGCAUAUGUAUCAAUUCAUUUCAUGCUUUAGCCAUUCCUUCUUCUAUUUAUGUAUAUGAGCAGAGCAGUACAAGUGAGGUCAGUGGGACCCUUACAUGUGGAAACAAGAUUGACCUGUCAUCAUUUCAUUACUACAAGGGGAAACCAUUCACAAUCUGUUUGGUUCUCUCCUACUUGCUAGUGGAAAGAAAAGCUAACAGUUGUCUUUUAAUGUGAUAAAAUUACUGGAAAGUGACUUGUGGCAUCAAUAUGACCAUCAUGAAUAUUUAAUUUAAAUUUAUUCCCUUUACAAUUUUUGAUAUUUGCUGGCUGGAAAAUCUUAUUUUAAAACCUAGAUUUUAAUCUGAUAGAUCAUGAUACAAAUGAAAUUAUUCACCACAUAAAACCUAUGUGGUAAAAAGAAUCAUAUCGCAAUCAAAUAACCAGGUCAAAACAAAAACAUAUGAACCAUGCCUUUUUUAUUCUGUUCAAGACAUCAAGUAUAUGCCUACAGCUACUACACAGGCAAAAAUGAGUUCAAAGUAGAUUAAUUGUUGAGUUCAUUCUCAAUUCAUGAAUUAUAAAGAUAAAGGAAAACAAAAUGUUCUGAUUUGCUUGUGGUAACCAUUUAGAACAGAAGUAGGUUUGUUUCAAGAUUGUUAAUUCCUUAUAUUACACCUGAAACCAUUUAAGGAAGCUUUCACAUCAGCUUCCAAACUUAGAUGAAAAAAUUCUGAAUGACAUUUAGAAGCCCCAGGUAUAACCAUCGAGCAACAUCAUCUAUUUAAAACAAAAUAAUGUUGUACAUCUUUCUUAAUGCCAUAUGUUUCCACACAAGUUCUACGGAUGUGCUUCUGCUUGAAACCAAAUCAAUUUGGAUUUGAAGGCAAUACAAAUGGGAGAACACCUAAGUGCUUUGAAAACUAUUCCAUACAUUAAGGAAGUGUUCUAUGAAAUACCUGCAACACUAUAAUUUGGUAGGAUAACAUUUGGAAUUGGUAGUUUGCAUUUAACAUGUACUUUAGAAAAUGAUUUUCCUUUACAUAUUAGAUAAUAUAUCAAGCACGUUGCUUUGAUCUUUCACCACAUUUGUAUACAUGCAUAGCAGUCAGGUAACAUAAGAGUUGUUUCAUUUUUAAAAAAGAAAGGUGUGCAUAUUAAUGGGUUUUUUACAUUUCUUAGAAGAAAACAAUAAUAAUAACAACUAUUUCUUUUCUGGAUCAUAUUUAGAAAUAUAAAACCAUAUUUCUCAGUUUUGCAGCCAUAUAUACAACCACAAAUGUAUUACCUCAACCAGGUCACAACAUGAGCAAUGUAUGUGGUAUAAAUUCCGCUCUCCUUUGUUCAGCUUAGUAAGUAUUUCAAAGUACUCACUCAUGCAAAAAUGAGCACUUCCUUUGUCUCCAGCUAUGAAUGAUGGAGAAGCCACAGUUUUGACAGUUACCGGUUUAUCUCAUUCUUGCCAGCAUAGUUAAAUAGUAACUAUUUUUGCUUGCUUCAUCAGUAGAGAUACUAAAAUAAAUGCACCAUCGCAUGUAAUGGAACUGUCUGAUAUUGAGUUGGAUGUCCAACUAAGAUGAGAACUGACUGACAAAAGUGGCUGUCUAGAUUUUAUGAAGUUCCAGCUUUGACAGUUAAAUUGGUUCAACUGAUUCUUGCUAGCAUAAUUAAAUGUAACUAUUUUUGCUUGCUUCAUCAGUUUGGAUGCUAGGUAAAUUCACUAUCAUGAGUUCAAGAGCUGCAAAGUUAGAUUUUUGAGAACUGCCUAACAAAAGUAGCUGGCUAGAUUUUAUGAAAGAGUUGUUACUAUUCCAGUGCAGAGAAGCCAGAAACUUAACCAGACAUAAGUUAUGUCUGUGAGCCCAAAGUUCCUAAAUGGAAAGUGGCAUCCAUGCACUGCCAUUCUUAAUAAAGUACAAAAGAGGUAUGCACAGGGAAUUGUUUAGAUUUCAUCAAAACAACCAGAAGAAUUUGGGGUUGGUUGCAGAGUUGGGUUCUAUAAUAAACUAGAAUAUAUGUCUUCCAAGCGCACCUCUUUGUAGAGUGCUAUUCUCAUCUCCACAGCUAUGUAACUGCUUAAAUGACUGUGACUGCAACAUUAACCUCCACCAUUGCAUCUGAAGUAGAUUUAAAUCCAUGGCAGUUCAUGCUAAAAUAAAUCAGUUGGCCUUAAAUGUGAUUAGAUUCUGCAGCCUAUUAGACUAUCUCCAUUAAUUUCAUUGUGCUUUGGUCAAGAGCUGUCCCACUUCUUAGUUUGCUUUUUACAAUCCUGAAAGUCAUAACAAACAUCUUAACAUAAGUCUUUAUGCUUGCUCCAGAAAGUAUUGGUAGAAAAGGAUUAAAUGAAGAAGGAAAUUAUUUAAUCUGCCCAAUGUAAAGAGUCCAAAAAAGACCUCAAACAUCCCAUACAAGCAAGGCUGGGAAAUCUCUUCAAGACCUAUUCCAUCUUAUUUUUCUUCUUUACUAAUCUGGAAUUAAGUAUUGGUAUAAAACUCAUAUACACAAAUAUAGAUACUGGCUUUGUCCCACAUACACAGUUCAGAUCCAUCACUGGGUAUCUGUGCCUUUGUAGAUACUAUUCUGGGUCAUAGGCGAGAACAAAUUUGGACAGCUUUCAUGAACUGAAAUUGUGUUAGAAUUUGUCAAUUAAAGUUCAAUCAUUAGACUUCAGCUGACUAGAAAAACAAAGCAAAGUUCUGUGUUUAUAGUUUUCUUAAAAGAAAAUACAUUCAGCUCAAAGUAUCCCAUGCUUUCUUUUCUUUCUUUUUAACUCCAAAUCAUUCGACUAUGUGAAACUUAAAUAGUCAUUUCGUGCUUAUUCCAUCACAAUUAUAGAACAUGGUUUUAUAACAAUCUUACCAUUAAGAUGUGGUUUUCAGAUUCAUUUACAGACCUUCAAUAAAGCCAGUCUUUUUAAAGAUAUUUGUAAAAUAUUAAUUAAUAAGAAAUCCUGAUUCAUCCUGUAAAAUGGUUUCAGAAAUGCCAAUGAAUUUUCCAUAAUUUUAAUGAAAUUGUCUUGCCGUUCCAAUUUAAACCCAAAAUCUAAUUCCUAAUCCAAGCUACAGUAGUCCCAGUAAAGCAAUAAAUUUAUAUACAUAUUGAUUUUACUAUCCUUUGAUUCAGUGGGUCUGCUUAGGUUGGGUGUGUAUUUUGACCUAUAGUUUCAUGCUACUAUAUUGGUUACCAAGUAUACUUUGUCCAUGAAAGAAGCUGAAUAAUAACAAUGAUAGCUACAUGGUCAACCAGAUUCUUCCCACAGCCAUGUAUGUCAAAGGGGUGUAUAUGAAUUAUGGAACUGAGGAAUGUUUUUCACCAUGUUUUUCUUUUUUGUGUGAAUUAAAGAGUUUUUGCAUAAUGAGGAGGAUCAACUGCAAAAUACUGAAAUGCAGAACAUGACAAUAAUCCCUCUCCGAGAAUUUCCCUACACCUGAAGCCAAAGGGAAGGUGAUAUGGUGUGUCAAUGCAAUGCCUCACAGUAUCUCCACCCCCCCCCCCCUUGAUAAAAGCCAUGUCUGAAAGUAUUGCAGUGUAAGAGCACAUCUUUCAAUCAAUUAUUGCUUAUAUAUGAGGACUUUUCUCAGGCUCUGAAAGAUAGAGGGUUGAUUGAGGUCAUCCAAUACCUUGCAGGUGGAACAGACAUUUCAUUUCAAAUUCUUCAUGUCCAGAUCCACUGUGUUGCAUUAUAUUUUAGUGCUUGUGGUAUACAGUAAUGAAUUACUUUCCAAGGACUAUAGACAAGUUCUUUAUAAUCCCACUGUGUGAUCUUUAUACACAAACUACUUUAAACACUGCAAGCAUACUAAAAUAAUUUCAAUGUCUUUACAUUCUUUAAUAUACAAAAGUUCUUUGUUAUCCCAUGUAGGAUUUUUUGUAUAUUAAGAAUGUUUUCUACACAGGCUUUUCUUCUGUGUCAUUACAUAAUUCUAGCAGAGUAUGGAGAUAGAGCUGUCUGAUAGUUGUACUCGUAUACUGGUCAAUGUUAUUGCAUGUAAAACAAAUAUCCACGCACAUUAGAAAAUGGAACUCCUCUACAUGUUUUGCUAAUUUUAUUACUUUUUUAUUUGUUUUUACUUUUUUUGCAAAAGUAACAUCUGUGCAAAAAAUAUUUCGAGUUCAAAACCAUCAAACAUUUUUACAAUGAUAACAAAUAAGAAAUUGUGGUCUAUUGACCAUUAUAUGAGAACACUGUCACUAAAUUAUGACAUUAACCUUCCAUAGGAAUACAUUCUUCAAUUUUCCAGACAAAUAACACUAAUGAACACAUUGGGAUCUGGGUGUAAAUUGAAUUGCUAUUCCCAAAUAUCAGUAUUCAAUUUCACUUUGCAAUUCACACUAUGGUAUUUAAUUCAGAUUCUAUUCCUUUACCUGAGAUAGAAUUAAAAUAGAAUAUAUAUAAUACGUGCUCACAUACUGAAAAUUAAAUAUUAUCUUUUUUCUAUGCUUUGCAGCCUUGGAACAGUAAGAACAAGUUACAGAAAGCCUUGUGGCUGGUUUUGCUCUAUUAACGGUUAAUGUAUAACAGAAAUUAAUAUGAUGAUAUUGUCAGAAUUCUUGCAGUAAGCCAAAGAUGAAAUAUGGAUUCAGGCUAUAGAUCAAAUCCAAGUUAUCCAUCCAUCUGGUUGGCAAGUUCAAGACCUGUACAAGAAAUGUAUUUGGAUUGUUUUUUGUUAAGCUGUGGGCAAGACAUCUGCCCCGAACUCCUCUAGGCAGGAGAAUGAACAAAUUGGAAAAAUACUUUGACAAGGGGUGGAAAUAGAUGGAUGAGUCCAAAAGAAAUGGAGGAUUCAUCUGUCUGAAUAAUUUUUGUAUUUCCUUUUCACAUAUAGAGAGUUAGCAUGGUGUAGUGGUUUGAGUGUUGGACUGAACCUUGCUCAGUCAUUUAAAACCAGUCAUACCCAGUGUGAAGCACACAUCUAUCCACAUCAUAUCAAGAAACUCUCAUAUGUUUGCCUUAAUCAGACACAACUUGAAGGUACACAGCAACAGGAGCCAUGAGCAACACAUUUAAGAGGGCUAGUCCAAGUAACAUAUAUUGCCACUGUGAAAAAUAAUCUACUUCCUCAGUCUCCCAUGAUUCUGUGUAAUGGCAAGUAUCUGAGUUCAUACACCCAAAAUGCAGUGUUUUUGUUUCAAUGAAUGUCUACUUUUGAUUAUGACUACUGUAUGCGGCUAACUCUUAAGGUACUACAGAAAUAAAGAGCUAAUCAUUCCUGAAACAAGGA